GUAUGGAACUGUGUUCCGUUGGUGGUUUGCCUUGAAAAGGACGAACGAGGAUUAGGAUUUUCUAUUGUUGAUUACCAACUUAUCCAAAAUGUCACCCGUUCAGAUCCAUCGCAUCCAGGAGAGUCAGUGAUUGUGGUGCAGUCUUUGGUACCUGGUGGAUUGGCUCAAGCUGAUGGUCGGAUUGUUCCGGGUGAUCGAUUGCUCUUUGUCAAUCAGCACGACCUGAGCAACAGCAGUCACAUCUAA